GACACAGAGCCAUUGCAGUAUAAAACCGAGAGGACUCUUUUCUCUCUCAUAGCAGCAUAAACGGCGUCGUAUCAAGUCUCCGUCUUGGGUAUUGUUUCUCGGCGAACCAGGUAUUAGAAAAAUUUGGGGUUUAUGAGUAGGCUGUAAUGGAAAGUGGUUUUCAGAUGAAGAUGUUAGAAAAUGGUGAUGAGGGAUAUCAGUUUGGAGAUUGUGAGGAGCUAAAACUAGGGAUGGAGGUGUCUAGUGAAGCUGAAGCUUAUGAGCUGUGCAACAACUAUGCAUAUAAGAAAGGGUUUAGUAUUCGUAAAGGGCACCUUCGAAAAGAUGCGCAGAAUAAUCCCAGGCAGAGAGAGUUUUUGUGUUCGAAAGAAGGGUUUCUGCGAGAUGAGGACUUGUGUGAGGUGAAAAAGGUGAGGAGGUUGGAGACGAGGACGGGGUGCAAGGCUGCAUUUCGGUUCAAUGUGGAAAAUGGUGUGUGGAAGAUCUCUUACACUAAUCCGCAUCAUAAUCAUGAGUUUGCGAGUCCUGAAGAAAGAAAAUUUCUGAGAUCGGGUAGAAAUAUACCGAGUGUUGGUGCAGCUAUCGUUGGUUAUAGGGUUGAUGAGAGUAGCACACCAGUGAAAGCAGACCCAAUCUUGGAAAAGGAAUGUGGCAGUGCUGACAGUGUUGGGUUCACUCAUAAAGAUUAUCAUAGUCUUUUGCAAAGCAAGAAGGGAGAAAUGAUGGAAGCCAGGGAUGUACAAAAUUUGGUUAACUAUUUUAAGCAUAAACAGAUUGAGGAUCCGAACUUUUUCUAUAGUGUUAAAGUCGAUCAAUUUAGUCGGAUAACAGAUUUCUUUUGGAGAGAUGGUGGAUCAAAGUUGGACUAUGAUUGCUUUGGAGAUGUGGUCUGCUUUGACACCACAUUUCAGACCAACAAAUACAAUCUUAUUUGUGCUCCAUUUGUCGGAGUUAAUCAUCAUUGGAAGAAUGUCUUAUUUGGUUGUGCUUUUUUAUUGGAUAAGAGCGUCGACUCAUGUAUUUGGUUGUUUAAAACAUUUCUGGAGUCAAUGGGACAUAAACAACCUAAAACCAUUUUCACAGAUGAGGAUACAGCAAUCGCAAAUGCACUUGCAAGUGUGCUUCCAGAGACACGCCACCGAUUGUGCAGUUGGAACAUCUCUAAGAAUGCUACGCUACAGCUUGCUAGUCAUUAUGCUAAUCCUGAGUUCAAGAAGCAAGUCAACAUAUGCUUUCAUGAUUGUUUUACUGAAGAUGAGUUUCAAGCUGCAUGGGGUAACAUGAUUAAAGCAUUCAGCCUUGAAAGUAACUCGUGGCUGAAGAUGAUAUAUUCACUUAAAGAGAAAUGGUGCCCUGCUUUUAGCUUAGAUACUUUCUCUGCAAAUAUUGCAUCCGGCCAGAGGGGUGAGAGCAUGAACAAUAUUUUCCAUCAAAUAUCUAGAACAAAUGGGGAUCUGAUCAGUUUUGCACACCAUUACGAGGAAAAAACAAAAGAGAUGCGAUUCAAAGAGUUGGAAGAGGAUUUUCAUUGUAGAAAUGCCACGCCUUGUCUCACAAUAAAUAGUGGUGUCUUUAAGCAAGCAGCUACUGAGUAUACUGUUAGAAUGUAUUCAUUUCUUGAAAAUGAGCUCAUGGGUAUCUUUGGGGUGAGGAUGACAGAAGUCGGUACUGAUGGGAAUGAGUGUAUUUAUGAAGCUACUGAAGAAGGUUAUGGAAGAGUCUAUAGAAUUCGAUUUCGAUAUGAUUGUUUUACUGCUAGGGUUUCCUGUUCUUGUAAGUUAUUUGAAUCCAUGGGAGUGUUGUGUCGUCAUGCUCUAAAAGUAUUGGAUUUGAAAAACUUCACAAGCAUACCAGCCCAGUACAUAGUGAAGAGAUGGACCAAAGGGGCGAAGAAGGGGAUUGUGGUGAGUACUGAUUUCUCCAAGUCACCAUACAAAAAGGCAAAGUCUGCCCAAUCGUCGCGCCUAAGUGCAUUGAUGCACGAAGGAACUAAUGUUUUCAGUUUAGGCUCGUUGUGUGAUUCUGGAACUAGGAUUGUCAAACAGAAGUUAGCAGAGACGAUGCAGUUACUCGAAGGUGAUGCAGAAACUACCAACAUGGUUAGAAAUUUGAGAAGAGCAGAUGACUCAUCUGUCUGUGCUGCGGUUCUGGAUGACUGAAGUGUGGAACGGUUGCGAGGGAUGAAGGGAAACUGCUAGAUUGAACAUAUUUUUAGAUGUAUACACUAUACAGUUACCAUGCUUCUUGUCAAUACUUUUGAAUUUUACUUUUUGGUAGUGCUUUGUAAUGCAGCAAGUUGUAUAGAUUAUACCAUUAAUGGAUUUGGCAUGAAAUUAAGGAUCAUGUCAAAAUUCGGCCGAAGGU